AUGUUUUUCAAACCUCAUUUUUUUGUCUAUUCUUUUCAAACCUCAUUUUCUUCAUAUCUAUCAUGCUUUUCAAAAACCUCAUUUUGUUCAUAUAUCUAUCUCAUUUUGCUUUUCAAACCCUCAUUUUGUCCAUUUUAUCUAUAUCUCUCAUGUUUUUCAAACCUCAUUUUGUUCAUAUCUAUCUCAUGCUUUUCAAACCUCAUUUUGUUCAUAUCUAUCUCAUGCUUUUCAAACCUCAUUUUCAAACCCAUUUUGUCCAUAUCUAUCUCAUGUUUUUCAAACCUCAUUUUGUUCAUAUCUAUCUCAUGUUUUUCAAACCUCAUUUUGUUCAUAUCUAUCUCAUGCUUUUCAAACCUCAUUUUGUUCAUAUCUAUCUCAUGUUUUUCAAACCUCAUUUUGUUCAUAUCUAUCUCAUGCUUUUCAAACCUCAUUUUUCAAACCUCAUUUUGUUCAUAUCAAACCUCAUUUUCUCCAUGUUUUUUCAAACCUCAUUUUGUUCAUAUCUAUCUCAUGCUUUUCAAACCUCAUUUUGUUCAUAUCUAUCUCAUGCUUUUCAAACCUCAUUUUGUUCAUAUCUAUCUCAUGCUUUUCAAACCUCAUUUUGUUCAUAUCUAUCUCAUGCUUUUCAAACCUCAUUUUGUUCAUAUCUAUCUCAUUUCAAAUCAUUUUUUCAAUCUAUCUCAUGCUUUUCAUUUUGUUCAUAUCUAUCUCAUGCUUUUCAAACCUCAUUUUGUUCAUAUCUAUCUCAUGCUUUUCAAACCUCAUUUUGUUCAUAUCUAUCUCAUGCUUUUCAAACCUCAUUUUGUUCAUAUCUAUCUCAUGCUUUUCAAACCUCAUUUUGUUCAUAUCUAUCUCAUGCUUUUCAAACCUCAUUUUCUUCAUAUCUAUCUCAUGCUUUUCAAACCUCAUUUUCUUCAUAUCUAUGUUUAUGAAUAA